GCUGGUAUUCUGUAACAGUCAGAUCAGGCUCUGUGUAAUAUUAAGGAAUACUGUGGCAGCAUCCGAUUCCUAGCAUUUUCUCUCUCCUCUGCAGGUGAUCCUGCAACUUCACAAUGCAUCUGGAAGAACUCAAAAAGCUGCAACAUAUAUUGGAGCAAAUUAGUGAUGGGAAAUAUUUGCUUGAAAACCACCAGCUCGCUAUGGAUGUGGAGAAUAAUAUUGAGAAAUAUCACAUUAAUUUACAGCCCUUGGAAUCCAAAGUGAAAGUCAUUCAGAGAGCAUGGCGUGAAUAUCUACAGCGUCAAGAUUUACAGAGCCAGGAGCAUCUGGAGAAGCGCAGUCCAUCACCUCCUUCCUUGUCAUCUGACAAGAUGAGCAGCUCAAUCAGUAUGAACACCUUUUCAGAUGGCAGCACCCCUGAUGGCAUGGAUCUAGGCAGCGACCCUUGCAGCAGCCGCUCCAGCUCGGAAUCGAGUUCCAGCAAAGUGACCCCUUGCUCGGAAUGCAAAUCUUCCCCCUCGCCCACCAGCCUGGACUUGGCUGCUUUGGAGGACUCGGAGGAGGAGGAGGAGGAAGACGAGGAAGAGGAGGAGGAAGAAGAGGGGGAGGAGGACUUCCAGGUGUACCAGAGGAAGGUGACUGAUGCGUGGGCGGAGGACAGGGACGAUGCCCGCCGCUGUGCCCGAACCGCCCCUGCCAGGAGGAGUUUAGCGCAAGAGCUGGAGGAGGCGAGGAGCGCCCGCCUCGCCCUCCCCACCAUCACCGCCACCGCCACCCCUGCUAUGCCACCCCCGGCUCCCCACGGCCACCCGGCUCCUCAGCAUCCCCAGCGCCAGCACCGCCAGCCGCACCACCCGCUGGACCUCCGGCACAAUGCCAACGUGGUGCCCUCUAGCCGCAGGACUGGGCACAAAGGGGGCGGCGGCGGCGGCUACGGCAAAGCCCCCCGCCUCCAGAAAGAGCAGCCCGGGGGCGGCAUGGGCAGGCUGAGCAACGGGGGCUCGCUGGUAGCCUUCCACCCCUUGGAGAACUCCUUGGGGGGAGGAGGAGGAGGGGGCACGGCUUGGCAAGAGCAGGAGCCCCCGCUGCCCACCAUGGACUGGGAAGCCCUGGAGAAGCACCUGGCGGGGCUGCAGUUCCAGGAGCAGGAGAUCCGGAGCCAGAAGAGCAACUACACUUCCGCUCAAAAAAAUGAGAGGGAGUCUAUCAGGCAAAAACUGGCGCUUGGAAGUUUCUUUGAUGAUGGCCCAGGAAUUUAUACCAGCUGUAGUAAAAGUGGAAAGCCAAGCCUUUCUUCUCGGUUACAAAGUGGGAUGAAUUUACAGAUUUGUUUUGUAAAUGACAGCGGAAGUGACAAAGAUAGUGAUGCUGACGACAGCAAGACCGAAACAAGUUUGGAUACACCUUUGUCUCCCAUGAGCAAGCAGAGCUCUUCCUAUUCUGACAGAGACACUACUGAAGAGGAAUCUGAAUCCCUAGAUGACAUGGAUUUUCUCUCAAGGCAAAAGAAACUUCAAGCUGAAGCCAAAAUGGCCUUAGCAAUGGCAAAACCAAUGGCCAAAAUGCAAGUAGAGGUGGAAAAGCAAAACAGGAAAAAAUCUCCCGUAGCUGACCUUCUGCCACAUAUGCCUCAUAUAAGUGAAUGCUUGAUGAAAAGAAGCUUAAAGCCCACAGAUCUGAGAGAUAUGACGAUUGGGCAGCUACAGGUGAUAGUCAAUGAUCUACAUUCACAGAUAGAAAGCUUGAAUGAAGAAUUGGUGCAACUGCUGCUAAUUCGGGAUGAAUUGCACACAGAACAGGAUGCUAUGCUGGUAGACAUUGAGGAUUUGACCAGUGCGGCCCCCUAUCAGUACCAUGGUAAUUUAGCACCAUUGCUGCCGACAAGACACGCUGAAAGUCAGCAGAAGCACAUGGCAGAGAAGAUGCCAGCAAAAUAAAACCGGAAGCCAUCAGACUGAAGAAACAAGCUAAAAUGUUUUGCUUCUGUGGUUGUACCAACGCUGAUGCUCAACGGGUGGCACACAAGAAAAAUCAGUGUUAGUCAUUGAUUCCGGGCGCAAUCUGCCAAGCACCAGGAACCCCCCACACAAACCCUUCCUUGAAGCUAAUGGUGGAUGCACAGCGACUGUGCUUGGCGAAUUGUUCCCAAUGUCUGAAGCUUUAUGUCCAGUGGUUGGCCUAUGCUUUUUAAUUUAUUUGCUGUUGGGUUUAUUUUAUUUUUUACUUGUGCCACUAAAUAUCGGACUGUUCAAUAAUCUUAUUGUAGAACAAAAUGUACAGUACUUAUAAACAUUGCAAACAUGAAGAGGAAAAAAGAAGAGAGAGGGUAGUUUUAACUUUUAUUUUUGUUUAUUUAGAGAGACCUUUAAGUUAAAGCAGUAUUUUACCAUUGGCUACUUUUUAUUGUUUUUCAGCGUAGUUUUAAACAAAUGAGACUGUAAUUUUGACGGUGCUAUACAAGUGAGAGAGAAAACAUACAUGCCUCGUAGUGAAGUUGUAGCUUUCAGUAAUAUGUAUAUUUUAAUCAGUUUUCAACAUUUUGUGAAUGUUGACUACCUGACAUUCAUUUUUAGAUGUGCUAUUAACAUGCAGUUGAGUUGAAAGAGUUACCUUGAAAGUUUUAUGUAUAAAUAUGUAAAAUAAAAAUUAAAAAUUUCUUUCAUAUGAUAUGUCUUUUUGUUGACUAGUGGGGCAACAUACUAAUUCACCUGUAAUAUAUUCAUUGAAGUACAUGUGAAAUUCCUAUUUUUCUCAUUUCAGAUUAUAUAUAGAUAUAUAUAAUAUGAAAAGUCUCUCUUCAUAUAUAUAUAUAUUUAAAAAAUACUAUUCACUUAGAACACAGAUAAGUUAUUAUAGAUUCACUUGAAGGCAGGCACAAAGGUAAGGUUUAAAGUUAACAAAAAAUACUAUGUGGGCUGAAAAAUGAAAAUGACACCUCAACUGUAUACGUAAACUUGAAUUAAACUCUAACACACUUGA